AUGUCCAUCGCUGCAUCCGACGUUGAGGAGAUGUCCGGCACUGGGGAGGGGGCAUAUUAUUUUGCGUGUCAGGCGCCGAGGGAUUGGUAUGUUCCCGCCGCCACGCUCGACUUUUUCGCGGACUCGAUCUUGGGGAGGAAGGGGGGUGAUGCCCUCACGUUGUUGUUCCAGGGAGAGUCUAGGAUGAAGGAGAUGGCGUUGGUGGGGCUCGUGCAACGAGCGUUUACGGACGGUGCGCUUCCCAAGGCUUAUGACUUGGUGGCUGCGAAGGGGGGCCCGUCUGUGUUGGGUUGGCAAAGGGGAACGAAGGAGAUGCUGGAGAGCCCGGCAGGUGGCUUCCGCAACAUAGAGGCGGAAUUUGCGCUGUUCGGGAAGGCCACUACGUUCUGGCCGCCGCCGUUGAGCACUGGCGCGCGGUCUAGUGACGUGAUGCCGAUUACGAUUCCGAAGGGGGGCGUCUUUGGCGAGUACCAGUGUAAGAGUCUGCAGAAGGCGACGAGUGUGACGGCGGUGCUUGCCACCAGAGUCAUUGACCACGACGAUCAAUGGCUCCUGCAAUGGCAAUUCCACGAAAACCAGCGGGAGAACAUUUUGAAGACGGUUUUGGCCCAGGGCUACGUCGGCGCGAAGUGGCAGAAACGCUGCUCGUUCUGCUGGCGUGGCGCCCACGAUCACACCCAGUGUUCGUUCGUAUCGACGCAGAAUAAGAUACGCGAGGGGCUGAAGUUGAAGCCGCUUCAGGUUGUCGAUGGGAAGGUCGUGCGGGAGGAUAGUCGUCUCCCGGUGGACGUGGAGAAGUUCGCGGAUGAGGUGGAGAAGAGGCUGACGUUGGUUGAGCGCGACAUCAAGGAGCUCAAGGAGAAGAAGGGCGGUUCUGGGGGCACCUCGACGAAGAGGAAGCGGGAGUCCGACCCUGCGGAGGCCCCGGAGUUGUCGAAGAGGCAGAAGAAGCGUCAGCGGGAGAAGGCUAGGACUGCGGAGUUGAAGGCGGCGAAGAAGGGGGGUAAAGGCGCGGCGACGGACGGGGGGAAGAAGAAGGAUAAGGGGGGGCCUAAGGGCGGAAAGGGUGGCAAGGGCGGCUCUGCCGCGACGGCUACCGCUUCGUCUUAA